AUGGGACCCAAUAUCAAGAACGGCUGGCGUGACUUCGACCGUCUGAGUUUGAUGGACAGUCUAUCGAGCAAUAUCGACUGGAACAGCCAGGGCAUCAAUGAGUUCUUCGGACAAGGCGACCAAAAGACACUGUCUGACGAAAAGAAGAAGCAGAUUCAGAACAUCUUCUACUACACGUCGCAAAUGAAGUACACCACCCUGGGGAAGGAUUGGGACGACCUAACAAGAUACAUGAACACAGAGAGAACCGCAGAAGACCGUCUGAACUUGACGAACCGGGAGCACGCUAGAGGAGGGUAUUGGCUACAUGAGGCGACGCAUAUGGGUUACUUCAUGAACACACCAUCGUCGGGGUCGGGGCCAGUCGUUAGAGAUCUCCUCGUCGACUACCGUGACGGCCGUGGAGAGAACAAAGCCUACGGUAUCGACAAUGCUAAGGAACUAGCCAAUUACGAUCGUCAAUUCAAAACCGGCGAGUAUACGUAA